GUAUUGUUCCACUCGUCAUCCCGAGACCCAUUCCAGGUAUGUUAUUAGAUUGCGUCUAAUUGAAACUAUUCCCGAAAUUAUGUGCUCUCGUUUUAGUUUCCCUUCGUCCCGAUCAAUAUCCAGCUUUAAAUAUAAUUAAUUUUCCUAGUCGUAUCUACUACCUGCCAUAAGCUGGAACCGAAUUAGCUACACUUCACGAUAGCUGACGGGUCUGUUUAAAUUGUAAUCGCGGUCGCAUACGUUGUUUACAGCUUUCCAUAUCGAUUUGAUUGUUCAAUAGAUCUAGAAGGUGGAUUUGAUCAAGUUAGAGGCCGGAUUAAUGGCUCAGCGGAUCUUUAUAGACGUGGCUUAAGCCCUAAGCAAUCGAACAUUUACCUUUACGUGCAAUAGAUCCCUAAUGGAAACACAAAGGAGAAAACAUGUUGAGAAGAUUAAGUUGCUACACAUAAAUUAUCCAGACUUAGUUCCUGUAUCAUCAACCGUUAUUCCAUUGCCCAUCUACAAGGUGAGUUCCGCUGGAUACAACAUUAAACCAUUAAAAGAAGACGAACUGAAUCAACGACCAAAAGGCCCUGUAUCACUGAUUACAGUUAACAGCAAAAAGCGAGUCAUUCCCCAAGAGAAAAAACCCACAGUGAAACAAGUGACGAAGAAACCAUAAAAAACUUAAACUGAUCGAAAAAUGAACACAAAAACUUUCAAGGUUCUGAAGUCGUUUGGCAACUAAUUGUGUACAAAAACAUUUAACAGUUGGAAAAAUGGAGCAAUUGCUUCCGAAGCGACAAACACUUCAACCAAAAAAAAAAAGAAAGUUACCACUAACCAAUUACCUGAAUUUAACGUACCUUAUUGUUCAUACGAUGUACUUUUGAAUUGCAUUCUAAUCCCGAUCUAAUUUGUUAAAUAAAUAUUUUGUUCAUAAUAA